AUGGACGCCCGCCCGGACUACAAACCCGCGCCCUCCCUGGUCGAGGCCUCGGCGCUGAGCGAGGAGCAGCUGAAGCGGUGCUUUCUAGGUAGGUAUGACUAUCCCGCCGACGCCGACGCCGACUUCCAGCACGGCGCCUUCAGCACCACGCAGGACCACCCGUCGAUGCAGAGGAAGCGCGAGACGGUGCGGCGCAUCGUGCUUGAGCGGCCGUACGCGCAGCCGCCGCAGGCGGUGGUCACGUGGCCGUCGGGCUUUCCCGUUCGGGCGGCGCGCGAAACAUGCGGGGCGGAGGGGCGUGUCGGCGGGCGGCGGCCGGGUUCCGAUCUCGCCCAGGUUACCUUUGCUGGGGCUGCGUUUAUCGUGGUGGGCUGA